CCUAUAAUGCAGUUCGGCGCAACGUCUAUCACCGGUGACCAGUGGAAGCGGUGAUGAGUGGCUGCAGGGGAGUACGCUAGCUAGUCAUUUAUAAGUACUGUGAAUCGCUCCACAGCAACGGCGUGGUGCUCUAGGCCUCGUCUCCUAACCUGAAGAUCUGCUGCUUUGUUGUUUGCAUCCGUCCCCAUGGUGAUGAAAUCGUCAGUGGAGGAGGACGAAGGUGGAUGGGGUCUCGGCAUCCCAGAGAAGAUGAGGAACAACGCCAACUGGGUGGACAUCACCCAAGACUUCAAAGGGGCCUGUAAAGAACUUAAACUUGGGGAGCUUCUCCACGACAAACUGUUCGGUCUGUUUGAGGCGAUGUCUGCCAUUGAGAUGAUGGACCCUAAAAUGGACGCUGGGAUGAUUGGGAACCAAGUGAACCGUAAAGUUCUCAACUUCGAACAGGCUGUGAAGGAUGAAGCAAUUAGAGUGAAGGACCUAUCAUUACCUGAGCUCAUCGGGAUUGUGGACACUUGUUUCUGCUGCUUGAUAACAUGGUUGGAGGGACAUUCCCUGGCACAGACUGUUUUUACAUGUCUGUAUGUUCAUAACCCUGAGUUGAUCCUGGACCCUGCCCUUAAAGCCUUCGCCCUUGGGAUCCUCAAAGUUUGCGAUAUCGCCCGUGAGAAAGUCAACAAGGCGGCUGUUUUUGAGGAGGAAGAUUUCCAAGCCAUGACUUACGGCUUCAAAAUGGCCAACAGUGUGACUGACCUGAGAGUGACGGGAAUGCUGAAGGAUGUGGAAGAUGAGCUACAGAGGAAAGUGAAGAGUACACGAAGUCGACAGGGCGAGCAGCGUGACCCAGAAGUGGAGCUGGAUCAUCAGCAGUGUCUGGCUUUGUUUAGCAGAAUUAAAUUCACCCGCCUUUUACUGACAGCUCUCAUCUCCUUCACCAAGAAAGAGACGAGUGCAGUGAGUGAAGCACAGAAGCUAAUGAGCCAAGCAGCUGACCUUCUUCAUGCUAUACACUCUACCAUUCAAUACGGCAUUCAGUCACAGAAUGACACAACUAAAGGAGAUCACCCAAUCAUGAUGGGAUUUGAGCCACUGGUAAAUCAGCGCCUGCUACCACCCACUUUUCCCCGCUACGCCAAAAUCAUCAAGCGUGAGGAGAUGGUCAACUACUUCAGCAAACUCAUUGAUCGGAUAAAGACUGUGUGCGAAGUUAUCAACACCACUAACCUGCACAGUAUUCUGGACUUCUUCUGUGAGUUCAGUGAGCAGUCACCUUGUGUACUGUCCAGAUCAUUAUUACAGACUACAUUUCUGAUCGACAACAAAAAGGUAUUUGGGACUCACCUGAUGCAGGACAUGAUCAAAGAUGCUCUCCGCUAUUUCGUCAGCCCCCCGGUUCUGUCCACAAAGUGCAGUCUGUAUAAUAACCACCAGGCCAAAGACUACAUCGAUUCCUUCGUAACACACUGCUCUCGGCCUUUCUGCAGUCUGAUUCAGAUUCACGGCCACAACAGAGCUCGACAGAGAGACAAACUUGGACACAUACUGGAAGAGUUUGCCACCCUGCAGGAUGAAGCAGAGAAGGUUGAUGCUGCUCUUCAUGGUCUGCUGUUGAAGCUGGAGCCUCAGAGACAGCACCUGGCCUGUCUGGGCACCUGGGUGCUCUACCACAACCUGCGUAUCAUGAUCCAGUACCUGCUCAGUGGAUUUGAGCUGGAGCUCUACAGCAUGCAUGAGUACUACUACAUCUACUGGUACCUGUCAGAAUUCCUGUAUGCAUGGCUUAUGUCCACUCUGAGCAGAGCAGACAGCUCUCAGAUGGCUGAGGAGCGCAUUUUGGAGGAGCAGCAGCAGAAAGGACGCAGCAGCAAGAAGAGCAAGAAGAAGAAAAAAGCUCGUCCUCUAGGAAAAGAGAUCACAAUGAGCCAAGCCUACCAGAACAUGUGUGCUGGAAUGUAUAAGACCAUGAUUGCACUGGACAUGGACGGAAAAGUGCGGAAGCCUCAGUUUGAGCUGGACAGUGAGCAGGUUCGCUACGAGCAUCGCUUCGCCCCCUUUAACAGUGUGGUCACGCCUCCCCCGGUGCACUACAUCCAGUUCAAGGAAAUGUCAGAUUUGAAGAAGUACAGUCCUCCUCCGCGCUCAGCCGACCUGUACAUGGCAGCCAGCAAACACUUCCAGCAGGCCAAACUCAUACUGGAGAACGUGGCCAGCCCUGAUGCCGAGGUAAAUCGCAUCCUCAAAGUGGCCAAACCGAACAUUGUUGUGAUGAAGCUUCUGGCAGGAGGACACAAGAAGGAGACCAAGGCUCUUCCUGAGUUUGACUUCUCUGCGCACAAGUAUUUCCCUAUAGUCAAAAUCAUUUGACUCCUUCAAGAACUCUCCCCCACAUCCCGACAGUCUCCACGUUCCUCUCUCUCCCCGUCCGGAGCUCUGAGCAGUGUGUGUGUUCCAGCAGUUUACAUGUCCUACCUACUGCAGUACUCAGCAGGAGUCCACCAGGCCUUUUCCAAUACAGCUCAGCUUCAGAAACCACCUGAUAAAGAGUUCUGCAGCUGCUUCAUUCAACAGUGUGAAAGUGGAGUUUAUCCCUCCAGAACACAAAAUAAAAGCAGAACUGAAAGCUGAUAGAAGCUGUUACAGACCCAGGCUUCUGUUAUCCAGCAGUGUUCAUGCUGAAAUACCAGUUUUAUACUAAGCAGGAUGUUGCAGUUCAUCCAGUCUGAAAGAGAUCCAUGAUUUGCAUGUGUGUAAAUGUGUCUUGGUUUGUUACUGUUGAAUUAAAAUCUCAUCUCACUGUCAAA